AAACCCCAGCUGAUUAGAAGCAGAAGACCUCGCUCUCAAGUAACCGGUUGUCAGGCUCACUGCUCGCUCCUUCUUUACGGUUUUAAUUGUGCUAUUCGGCUGUUUUUAAUUACGGAUAUUGAUAACUCGUGCCUUUAAUCAUGUUUUUAGUUGGCCUCACGGGGGGCAUUGCCACCGGGAAGAGCACAGUGAGCUUGAUGAUGAAAGAGCUCGGGGUGCCUGUGGUUGAUGCGGAUCUCAUCGCUCGACAAAUCGUAGAACCUGGAAAGAAAGCAUGGGAGAAGAUCCGUCAGGUUUUUGGGGAGGAGGUCUUCCAGGAAUCAGGUGAAAUAGACAGAGCAAAGCUAGGGGCUGUAGUGUUUGCAGACGUAGAGAAGCGAAGGGCAAUUAACAAAAUCACGCACCCCCUGAUUUACAGUGAAAUACGGUCCCAGGUCUUCAAGCACCUACUGAAAGGUGAACAAUUUGUGGUGUUGGAUCUUCCUUUGCUCUAUGAAAGCAACAAGGUGACCUCCUAUCUAUACAAGACAAUUGUUGUGGCAUGUGAAGACGAGAUUCAGCUGGAGCGUUUACUGACAAGAAAUCAGUACACAGAGAAAGAAGCCAUUGCCCGCAUUGAAGCCCAGAUGCCGCUUGAGAAGAAAUGUUCCAUGGCUGAUAUUAUCAUUGAAAACUCGGGAAGUCUGGCAAAUACAAGGAAACAAGUAGAAGGCAUAGUGAGAUUACUAAGAAGUUCCAAUCAUCACAUCUACAACCGCGUAGUAUACGGAGGCAUGCUCCUAGCCUUCAUCUUCCUUGCGGUCUUCUUACUGUAUUGGUUUUGCCUCGGAUGAUGAGCAUGGUUGAUUACUGUCAUUUCAUGCGACUAGUUUGACGACAGGAGCACUUUUUAUUAUAUCCUCCUGGGACUGAAUGUGACGGAAACUAUUUUCAUUCCUCAGGAUUUUUUAAGGGAACAGGUGUGUUUUUAAAGAAAAGAUUGCAAUAUCUCUGUAAUUUUUGAUAGGGAGUUUUUAAAAGGAAAUGUCAUAUUUCAUGAUUAUUUUAUGAGGACUGGUUGAGUCAUUCUCACUUCUAUACAGUGUAAGUGACUUGUGGAUAAGUUUUUAAGCGUGAAAUAAGCAUAGUAAUCUACCAAUGAGUGUGAAUGAAGAGGUUCAGAACAGCUGGCUGCAAUUCUUCAUUUACAUUUUUAUAGUUUAUUUGCAUAUUUUAUGUAAAUUUAAUUACUCAUAGACAAGAGGAUUCCUUUCAUUGCAUUUGCUUGUUCAGAAACCCUAUAUUUACAUUAUUAAUUCAAGUUUAUAAGAAUAUAUUUUGUAAUUUUAAUGUUCAUUGAUAAGUUAAAAGUAAAUGGUAAAUGUUAAAAAACUUGUAUUGUCCAUAUUUAAUACAUGUGUAUUGUAUGUGAAAAAUAUUGUUGUGACGUAAUGAAUAUGCUGCAAGGCUGUGAAUCUUUCAAAUAAUCAAUGUCUUGUAUGGUAUAUGUAUGUCAAAAUAUAUUUUAAAAGUUUCUCUUUAUAUGUAUAAGAGUGUAAGCUCCUAUAGUAAUUACAUUGGUGCACAACUAGUUGUAUUCUUAAACAGUGUAUUUUCUCAAAUUACAAAGUAACAUAUCAGUGUAGGGAAAAAUAAACAAUCCCAUUGGCAUUUUUAGGUGCAAUAUUCCACUGUUUUUCUUUUGUAUAUGCAUGCGUGUAUGUCAGAGCCAUUGAUCAACUCAAGAUAAAAAUGCGAUAUGUCUUAGGAAAAAGAUGAAUUGGUUAUAAUAAGGUGGAGUCUGCUCAAAUUAGAUUUUUUGCCUAUCUUUUUUUAAUCUCCCAUUUUUUGAUGAUGUAGUCUGUUUAGUUUAUGUAUAUAUAUAUGUAUAUUUUACUGCAAGAUCUGUUGUACAUUUUAAGACAGAUUUGACUUUUAAAACAGAUGUGUGUACUUUUUUUGGCAUUUUGUUUCUGAAAGUAUCUAGCUUUGAUAUAUUUUAUUCUACACACAUUUUAAACUUUUAAGUAUGGACUAGCUCAGAAAACUUUUAAACUAGUAUCAUUAUUUUAUAGCUACUAUUAUUUCAAAGUUAAUAAAAAAGAGGAUUUAUUU